ACAAUCGUGUUCAAUAUCACACCGUAUUCUUACGAAAAUGCAGAUGUCGUUUCAUGUUGGUGUAAACGAAAUUAUUUUGUUUAACGAAUGGCGUGUAGUAAAUGGGACAGGCGUUGGAUGGUCGAUGUUUGGUAUUAUUCUUUUAACAUCUAUAUACGAAGGGAUAAAAAGCUAUCGUGAUUACUUAUACAUUCAUACAAAACAUAUACAGAAAACUAAUGGAGCAAGAUCUCGAUGGUCUUUGCUCUUUUCCAAAAUACAUAUCCUUCAGACAAUUUUAAACGUCGCACAGCUGAUUAUAGGAUAUUGCCUUAUGUUAAUUUUUAUGACAUACAACGCUUGGCUCUGUAUUGCCGUAGCACUCGGCGCUAUGCUUGGCUAUUGGUUGUUCGCUUGGGAUAAGUUCAACGGUGACAAUAUCGAGUGCUGCUUGUAAAUUCCAUACGAAACGUUUCUCGUAAUGAUACAUAUUUGGCCAUUUUGUUUAACCACCGUUGCUCCAAUACCGUCGUGCUAAUUCAACGUAGCACGGAGUGAGACGUAAAUAUUUUUGUAUCACUUUCAAACAUUGUAUGUAUUGCAUAAUUUAAUUUACAAAAUAUUCAACGAAAAC